CAGAGAUUAUAAACGCAUUAUUAUACGUAAUAAACGGCAUUACGUUGAUAAGCAAUAUCUCCAGACGACACUGGUUGAGCUCUCUUAAAAAUGGGACGAAGCGCAGAUCUAUUUCGAGAAUAAAAUAAAUCGGAGCUAUUUACACGAACGAAACGGCGUGGCGCGCCACGGGCAAUACGUUUUUCCAUUGGUGACGCGGUGAUAGAUUUGCAACAAACGUCAUGGCAACGUUAACUACGCCGGAUUACGCGGUGAUUACCGCAUUUCUGCUGAUCAGUUUCUUCAUCGGUGUAUAUUAUUGGCGCCGUCAGCGACAGAAGUCGACCGAGGCGUACUUCAUGGCGGACAAGUCAAUGGGAGUGAUCCCGGUAGCGAUAGGCUUGAUGGUUUCAUAUUUAUCAGCGGUCAGUCUACUUGGAGUGAGCUCCGAAAAUUACAUGUACGGUACGCAAUACGCUGUGAUCAACAUCUCUUAUGGCCUCGCCACGCCGUUCGCAGCCUAUUUUUAUUUACCGGUAUUUUUUAAGAUAGGCACUGCGAGUGCUUUCGAGUAUCUACAGAAGCGUUUCGGCACGGCCACCCGAUUAAUAGCCAGUUUUGCCUUUUUGCUCCAAUUGCUUCUGUACACCGGCGUGGUGUUGUAUGCACCUGCGCUGGCCUUAGAAGCCACCACGGGUAUUUCGAAGACCGCAAGUGUGAUUGGUUUGGGACUCAUCUGCACUUUCUACUCGACGAUCGGCGGUAUCAAGGCGGUACUUAUCACCGACGUUUUCCAGGGUCUAUUAAUGCUGGCUGCCGUUGUCACAAUUAUCGCCACCGCGGCUGUUGACAACGGUGGUCUAGACCGAAUAUGGCAGAUCGCCGGAAAUGGAUCCCGGUUGGAAUUCGACAACAUCUCCGUGGAUCCAACUGUACGACAUACUUGGUGGAGUUUGACACUUGGUGGUUUCUUUACUUACCUUUCCUUGUACAGCGUUAAUCAAGUUCAGGUUCAAAGAAUGCUGACCGUCAGCAAUCUAGCAGCCGCACAGCGCGCACUAUGGUGGAGCUGGCCGAUGGCAUCGAUCAUGUCGCUUACUCUGUGUUUUUCUGGACUAGCGAUAUAUGCGAAAUAUCAUGACUGUGAUCCACUCACAGAAGGCAGGAUCGCCUCAAACGAUCAACUGAUGCCGUUGUACGUGAUGGAUACGCUGUCGGAUUAUCCCGGUGUGCCUGGGCUUUUCAUAGCCGGGAUUUUUAGCGCCGGACUCAGUACCAUCUCGGCAACAGUUAAUUCCCUCUCCGCUGUUAUUCUUGAAGAUUACAUCAAGCUUCUCUGCCGCGUAAGAAACAAGGAAUUAUCUGCUGCGGCGUCAGUAAUCAUUAGCAAAAUUUUAGCUCUUGUAGUUGGACUGGCGUGUGUGGCAGUCGCUUUUCUGACACAAUAUCUUGGCGGAUUGUUGCAGGCCGCCCUGACGAUUUUUGGUGUCGUGGGUGGACCUAUGCUGGGCUUAUACACCCUCGGCAUGUUUCUCCCGUCGUGCAACCAACGGGGCGCGAUCACGGGCUUCGUUCUUAGUCUCAUGUUCUCUUUGUGGAUAGGAUUCGGACAGCCGAAACCGCCGAUUCCGCGGUUAGACGUCUCAACAGACGGAUGUAGAUCCAACAAUACUUUUAUGUACAGAAACGAUGAGGAGCCGCUAAUUUACACAAACUUACACUAUGAACAGGUGGAGGAGGAUAAAUCCUAUUUCUAUCUUUAUCGCAUAUCCUACAUGUGGUACUGUCCACUGGGGUUCCUCCUUGCCGUAAUCACAGGCUCCCUCGUCAGCUGGACCACGGGAUGGAUUUUUCGGGAAAGCCCGGCCGAAAUCGAUUCUGCCCUGCUAAGUCCGAUCGUGGGAAAUCGUAUUGAAAAGAGAAGAGAAGCGGACAAAUAUCGCAGUACAAUCAAAUUCAAUUAAGGCUGAGAACCCACAGCCUCUUUCUUGUAGGUGAUGCAGGAAAAUGGCAUUUAAACGUUCGCAUUUCUAUUUAUAAAAUCGUUGAAUAUUUAUAUCUCGCGUAUAAGUAAAUUUAAAAGUAUAAAUAUUUAUGUCACGAAAUGUAAAUAAUUAAUACAUGUUAUGUAAAUACGUCCGUGUAGUCUACAGCACGUAUCCACAAAUUUUGAACAAACUUUCUUCUCGCGCGGUCUCCGACUAUAAUAAUGUCACAAUGAAUGGAAAUGUAAAAAAUUCUGACCGGAGAAUAUAAGCGUUUAAACUUG